UUCUGUGUCGCUGCAUCCAUUUUUGUGUAUUUAAGAUAUCUUCAAGGAUUUCCAAACCUGGAGAAAAGCGAGGCACCGGCGCAGAGGGACUCAAAAGGGAAACAAACAUUUAUUAUGAGAUGCAAAAGAACUUUUCCAGGACGAUGACAGCGAUGGGUUAGACAGGAUUGAACAGGAUGAUGGCCAAAUAAAAGCAUCGGGGUGUAAAGAUGUCUGCUCCAGCCGGGCCCCGCAGCGGGCCUGUCCUGCCGGAGAUGCCGGACCUGAGCCACCUCACCGAGGAGGAGAGGAAGAUCAUCCUCGGUGUCAUGGACAGGCAGAAGAAAGAGGAGGAGAAGGAGCAGACCAUGUUGAAGGUCAAAGAAGAUGCAAAGUCUCAGCCAGUCCAGUGGUUUCCCUUUAGCGGAAUCACUGAUCUGGUUAAUAAUGUUCUCCAGCCCCAGACAAAGUCCCAAAACCAACUGCAAACAGAGCCUCCAAAGGAGCCAGAGACGAAAUUGCACCAGCAAUUUGAAAUGUAUAAGGAGCAGGUGAAGAAGAUGGGGGACGAGGCACCGAGCACCCAGGAGCAGAAGAGUGAAGCCCCCACCUGCGGAAUCUGCCAUAAAACCAAGUUUGCCGACGGCUGUGGCCACCUCUGUUCUUAUUGCCAAACCAAGUUCUGCGCUCGCUGUGGAGGAAGAGUUUCACUGCGCUCUAACAAGGAGGAUAAAGUGGUGAUGUGGGUAUGCAACCUGUGCCGAAAACAACAAGAAAUCCUCACCAAGUCAGGGGCCUGGUUCUUCAGCGGCCCGGGGGGUGCCCUGCCCUCGGGUGCGAGUGACCCUCGCAGACGCCACGAAGAGGCUCCGCAGGAAAAGAAGGCCAAACUUCAGGAAGCCCCACUGCUGUACCAGGGGCCUCCAGGGGACCGCAGCCGAGCUCCAGGACUCCCGCGCCAGGCGUCCCUCAACAACGACUCCAGUCUGAAGCCCAACGACCCUCUGAGCAACAGGAAAAGAAGCCCAUCAGCAACCAGGGAUCCAAACCAAAAAUACGACCAAAGGGAGGAGAAGGCGGAGCGUUCGCAGUAUGCCCCAGGGGAGGGCGGCAUGCCACGAUCGCCGUCUGACUACGGGGCCGGAGACCGCCAGUGGCGGGGAGGCUACGGCCGCUCCUAUGAGGACGCGGAGGUAGCACGGAGUGCGUACCGCGCUCAACGGGGCGGUUGGCACUCUCAGGAAGAGUAUCCACCCGAACCCGGCUUCCUUCCCGAUGGCCCACCCCUCAGCGAGCACGAGCUUCAGCGGCAGCGGCAGGAGGAGUACCAGAACCGCUACCGCAGUGACCCGAACCUGGCCCGCUACCCGGUCAAACCCCAACCUUACGAGGAACAGAUGCGCAUGCACGCUGAGGUUUCGCGAUUCAGGCAUGAACGGCGACACAGCGAUGUCUCCCUGGCGUACACAGAGAUGGAGGAGCCCUUGGGGCCCCUGCGGGGUCCCCCCUACUCACCGGGUCCCGGACACACCCACUGGAGGUCCAACCACAGUCCACCCAGCGUGGACUCCCUCCACAGGCAGCAGCACCUGGAUCCUGUCUCGGCCGUAAGGAAGAGUAAACGAGAAAAGAUGGAGAGCAUGUUGCGGAACGACUCGCUCAGUUCUGACCAAUCGGAGUCCGUCAGGCCGCCUCCACCCAAACCUCACAAGACCAAGAGGGGCGGCAAAAUGAGGCAGGUGUCCCUGAGCAGCUCAGAGGAGGAACUGGCCACUACACCGGAGUACACCAGCUGUGAGGACGUGGAGAUCGAGAGUGAGUCUGUGAGCGAAAAAGGGGACAGUCAAAGGGGAAAAAGACAAACUUUUGAGCAGUCACACACCUUAUCUGAGGGCCAAAAGAAAAUGGUGCGCUUUGGGGGCCACUCUUUGGAAGAAGAUGCUGAGUGGUGUGAACCCCAGGUUAAAGACUCGGGGGUUGAUACAUGCAGUAGCACUACCCUAAACGAGGAGCAUAGCCAUAGUGAGAAGCACCCGGUCACAUGGCAGCCCUCCAAAGAUGGAGAUCGACUGAUCGGCAGAAUCCUGCUCAACAAGCGCAUGAAGGACGGCAGCGUUCCCCGCGACUCUGGAGCUCUUCUGGGACUGAAAGUGGUUGGAGGAAAGAUGACAGAGUCCAGGCGACUUUGUGCGUUCAUCACCAAAGUAAGGAAAGGGAGUUUAGCGGAUACAGUUGGGCAUCUCAGACCAGGUGACCAAGUCCUUGAGUGGAACGGCCGAAAGUUACAAGGAGCCACAUUUAAAGAAGUUUACAAUAUCAUUUUAGAAUCAAAGCCAGAGCCUCAGGUGGAACUAGUGGUCUCACGACCCAUUGGCGAUAUCCCCAGGAUACCAGAAAGCACACACGCACAACUGGAGUCCAGUUCGAGUUCAUUUGAGUCUCAGAAGAUGGAGCGCCCCUCCAUAUCCGUCACGUCUCCCAUGAGCCCCGGAGUGCUGCGGGAUGCCCCUCAGUACUUAUCGGGACAGCUUACAAGCCAAAGCCUUAGUAGAAGAAUUGAGCCUUUUAACCCUAGAGUUCAGGUCAAACUUUGGUAUGACAAAGUCGGCCAUCAGCUUAUCGUCACCAUACUGGGGGCAAAGGACCUGCCUUCAAGGGAAGACGGCCGACCACGCAAUCCUUACGUGAAGAUCUACUUCCUCCCUGACAGAAGUGACAAAAGCAAAAGAAGAACAAAAACUGUAAAGAAAUCACUAGAGCCCAAAUGGAACCAGACCUUUAUGUAUUCCCCCGUCCACCGGCGGGAGUUCAGGGAACGCAUGCUGGAGAUCACGCUGUGGGACCAGGCCCGGGUGCGAGAGGAGGAGAGUGAGUUCUUGGGAGAGAUCCUUAUCGAGCUGGAAACAGCGCUGCUGGACGAUGAGCCGCACUGGUAUAAGCUACAAACACAUGAUGUCUCAUCGGUACCCCUGCCCAAGAGCUCCCCCUGCCUUCAGAGACGAGCGCUGCAUGGAGACAGUCCCACACGCAGACUGCAGAGGUCUCAGAGGAUCAGCGACAGUGAGUUCUCAGACUAUGACUGUGAGGAUGGUGUUGGCGUCGUGUCAGACUAUAGAAACGGCAGGGACCUCCAGAGCUCCACCCUCUCUGUGCCUGAGCAGGUCUUAUCAUCCAAUCACUGCUCUCGGUCAGCUGACAUCAACCGAGCACGUUCACGGUCUCCCAGCAUGCCCCCUUCUCAGAGUCAUUUUCUCACCUUACCUCGAACCCGACACAGUCAGCCUCAUGACAGUCAGCUGGAGGAACUCAGGAAUUACGGCGCGCCAGACAGGCACGAGUACCACCACAGGUCCCGUUCUGCAGACCAGCGGUCCGCACUGGAGCGGCCCAUGUACAGUCGCUCACGCUCCACGGAGCGGCCGCCCGACGGCCCCCACAUGAGGUCAUCAAUGCCCUCCCUGCCGUCAGGACACUCCGCUCCACCCUCCCCUGCCUUAUCGAGGGCACAUCCUCGUGGAGGAUCGGUUCAGACAAGCCCCACCGGGACCCCCGUGAACAGCAGGAGAGGACGACAGCUCCCACAACUGCCUCCAAAAGGGACGCUGGAAAGAAAAGAUGGAGAUGAAGAACUUGAGCCUUGUCCAGAAGGCAUGGACUCCCCCAGUCGGACAAACUCAGGUGCUAUGGAUGUGGAGGAACGAACGCGGCAGAUGAAGCUGAAGAUGAACAAGUAUAAACAGGGAACCGGCUCAGAUUCAAGGCUGGAACAGGACUAUCACAAGCGUUCAGGCAGGGAUCCUCAGCGGGGAGAAAACCUCUCGGCCAAGUCUUCGGACAGUGAUGUUAGCGACGUGUCCGCUGUGUCGAGAACCAGCAGUGCGUCUCGAUUCAGCAGCAUGAGCUACAUCUCUGUCCAAUCAGAACGGCCGCGAGGCAGCCGCAAGAUCAGCAAUGCAGUGCGGGGGCGGAGCCUCUCCAGGGAGGGGGAGGGGUCAAUUGGUGAGGCGGUACAGGAAGAAGCAGGAUUAGAGGAGGACAGAGGUAGGAAGAGAGGAGGGGGGAGGGAGGGAAAACUGAGGAGACAGACAGAGAGUGUAGAUAGAGAGGAUGCAGAGCUGGAGGAGGAGUCUGAAGAGGGCGUGGCCCAGAGGACGGUCUCAGAGACGGACCUCAGGCAAGUGGGAACGGAGGCCGGGGGCAACAUGACCAAGAGCACCAGCAUUGGCGGGGACAUGUGCAGUCUGGAGAAGACCGAUGGCAGCCAGUCGGACACGGCCGUGAGCCUGGUGGGAACCGUUGACAAGAAACGGCGCUCCAGCAUCGGCGCCAAGAUGGCGGCAGUCGUGGGGUUGAGCCGAAAGAGCCGCAGUGCCUCGCAGCUCGGCCAGACAGAAGCAGGAGGAAAGAAGCUGCGCAGCACCAUCCAGAGGAGCACGGAGACGGGACUGGCUGUAGAGAUGAGGAGCAGGAUGACCAGGCAGGCCAGCCGCGAAUCCAAUGAUGGAAGCAUGAACAGCUACAGCUCAGAGGGAAACCUCAUCUUUCCCGGAGUGAGACUUUCUUCUGACAGUCAGUUCAGUGAUUUUCUGGAUGGACUUGGCCCCGCCCAGCUUGUGGGAAGACAGACUUUAGCCACGCCCCCUAUGGGUGACAUUCAGAUCGGGAUGGUGGAAAAGAAAGGAGCCCUAGAGGUAGAGGUCAUCCGAGCCAGAGGCCUCGUGGGAAAACCAGGUUCUAAGGCACUGCCAGCCCCUUAUGUAAAGGUGUAUCUACUGGAGAACGGCGCCUGCAUAGCCAAAAAGAAAACAAAAGUAGCACGAAAAACACUGGACCCUCUUUACCAGCAGCAGCUGUCGUUUGAAGAGGCCCCAGGAGGAAAGGUUUUACAGAUCAUUGUGUGGGGAGACUACGGACGUAUGGACCACAAAUCCUUCAUGGGAGCCGCUCAGAUACUUUUAGACGAUCUGGACUUGUCCAACAUGGUUAUUGGCUGGUUCAAGCUGUUUCCUCCCUCUUCAUUGGUCGACCCAACCCUGGCCCCGUUGACCAGAAGAGCUUCCCAGUCAUCUCUCGACAGUGGGUCUGGGCCGUUCGGUCGCUCGUAGCAGUUUCCUGAAAUCUAGCGUUAUUGUAGCAGCCAUUGGGUGGAGUUUGAGAUUUGCGACAGGUCCCGCCCCCCCCGGUAACACUGCAUGCUUGAUGUUGUGUGUUCAGAGCUUGUUUCUUAGGGGUGAAAAAAAGCGGUCCUGUUUUUGCUCGCAAAAAAAUGCCGCACAAAGAGCAACCCCUAGAGGGCAGGGACGAGGCGAAGCUGGAAAAUGGCCUCCUUAGCUUGAGGAACGUCACCAUUCCUGCUUUUAGAACCUAUUUGAAGCCAUUGGAGAUGAGUCUGAACUGAGAACUGACACGUCGAGUUCUUCAGAAGCCCUUUUUGAAAUGGGGUGAAACCUUCUCUUCGACUUUUGCUUUCCAUUUCUGUUUCUUUUAAUGUUGAUGUAUUUGUAUCUACAUGGGCUAACAGUGUUCCUUGGGUCAAGCCAUGCCAACAGACCCAGAAAUGUACACACAAAACAAGAAUAUGACGUGGGAAUGAGCACCUGACUCCCCAGAUAUGAUUCUGCUAGAUCAUUACAGAGAUGAAAUGUAGGUUUGAAUCAUCUUUUGAGAUCAAAUUGAAGUACUUCUCUUGAUACCGUAUGAAACCUAAAGAGGAAAUAACGAGUUUUCUGUUGCAUGGACACAACUUUAGCUGAACUAAAAAAAAGAAAGAAAAAAAGAGUGAUUAGGAAAUAAUUUUCUCAGACUGCUACUUGCAAAAAAAGACAACAAGAUAAAAGAAAAAAUGAACCGGAUCAGCCAUUUUCAACAAUUUCUAGUAUUUUUUAAAGAUAAAUUUCACCAGUGCAUGAUUUUCUGGGGGAGUGAAUGCUACAGUGUGAUUAAAAAACAAAAAUUAAAACAUGAAACCUUGUUUUUUUUGUCCUGUAGACCGUUUAUUGGUCUCUCUACUGUAUUUUUACAGACAAGCAGAUAAAUGACAAGCUUAACAUUUUAUUUACAGUGAAAAAUCUGUUCACGUGACAAAGAUGAAAAAAAUAAAUGUCUAUGAUUUGUUAUUGUAAAGGCGUAAGCCUUAUGAAGAUGUGCAAACUGUACGUUUCUCUACUUCUCCCUUGUCCCAGGGUAAACUCUCUGUACUUCUUGCUUCCGUUGUCAGAUUUUCCCCCUGAUAUUGUUCCAGUUCUCCUUGAAAUUUUCAUUUUCAGGGCUGUUGGUUUGCCACAGCUCUUGUAGUUUUAGUCUGUAUAUUGUUUGAAGUUCAUUUGUUUAAAAAGCAUGUUGAAAAGGGUUUUUGGCAACAUGGCUUUGGCACAUCUUACAGUAACUCAGCAUGUUUUGAUAAAGACGAUAUUUGGAGAAAAAAAAAAAGAAGCAGUUUCUUGUACAGUGCAUGUCGAUGACGAUCCUCUCUCCCCCUCUUCACCCUGAAUUGAAUUUUAGUGAGAAUUAGGCAGUGGUCUCACACGGACCAGAAGGGCAGAAUUCCGAAUGAACAUUCCACCUUGUAAAAUCAUUGUUGACAUAUUUAAGGGGAAACCGUGACCAGGGAUUUUUAUAUCUUUACGGAAAUAUGAGCUGCAGUAUUCCUGACAAAAGAGCCCAAAAUUUCAUGAGGUCUUUUUACCGGAGACGGCUGCAGCUCGCUGACUUUCGCAGUAUUGUGCUGUACAGUUUUCCGAGCAUGAUGCUGUCUGCAGAGAAAUGCACAUCGGGACGAUGAUAUUGCCACACAAUAUAACUUUGGUUUUUAUUUCUUCGUUUCAAGAAAGUAGAGGUCAUUGAAUAUAUUUUUGUUAGU